UAUUUUCAGAUUCUUUCAGCUUAUCCUACCCAGAUUUAAGAUCAACCCGGUGAGAAUGUCCUCGGCUGCCAGCAGUGAACCCCCUUCGACGAAGGCGGCAGUCUUGAAGUUUCUAGACGACCAGCAGCGUCCCUUUUCGCUGGCCGACAUUGCGAGAAGGUCAAGGAUCUGGGCAAAUCGUCCGUCGCGAAGGCACUGGAGUUUGGUGGGCCGUGGCAAGGUUAUCGAAAAAGUUUACGGUAAACAGAAGAUUUACUGUAUCGCGCAGCAAAAGAAGGAGGACCCCGCAGGACCUACGUCCGAUGAAGUCAUCCGCAAGCUGGACGCCGACUGUGGCCGCUUGAAGGAGGAGUUUGGCCAGAAGCAACAGGCGAUUCGCGCCCUCGAAGCCGAACUGGCAACACUGGCCUCCCAGAUGACCGAGGAGCAGGCUCGCCGGGAGAUUGAGCAACUACGAGCGAGCAUUCGAGGCUGUCAGGAACAGCUGGAGGCAGCUCGGAAGGAUCGUGAGGACGACGAGGAUGAUGUGGCGGAUUCGAAUUUGGACCCGGCCGAACUGGAGGCCCGGUACAACCGAUACCUGACGGCGUACCGCAAGCGCAAACGGAUCUGCACCGAGCUGAUUGGCCACAUCAUGGAGGGCUACCCGAAGACCAAGCGGCUCCUGCUCGAGGACAUUGGCAUUGAGACGGACGAGGAGGCCGGCUUUGGCGUCGAUUCGGUGUAGAACCAUUUGUCACGUCGUUUGUCGGUAUAAAUAAAACAUG